GGGGGGGGUAUUGGACUUUGAGUGAGAAUCGCGUCGGUCGUCUUCCCCAUCGAUUCCUUCUUCAACCAUGUCUUCCGAUGAGCUGUUUCCUAACGCUGCUUACAUCAGCACACCCAGGAAAUGUAUCCUUGGAAAACGUCUCUCCAGCAUCCACUUUGAGACAGUUGAAUCCAACAGACUAGCUCUCCAUGAGCUUCUCUUCACUGAGGAUGCACCAUGGCGAGUUUCGUCGGAAAGAGCAGUGCUUACUAUCAGUCGCCCUCCGCUUAUCUCUAUGUCUCUAAGCCUACGGGCCAUUUCCGCCGAAACGCUGAAUAUGUUUGGGAAAUUAAAAGACUAACAUCUCAUUUCUUUGUGUCCCAAUCAGAUUGAUCCUGUUUCAUUCUCUGUAUAUUUCCCUGUGACUACUGUGUUAUAUGCAUUUAUUCUAAAUGGGGACAAAGUUACUGUAUCCUAUUCCUAUAUAUAUUCAUCGCAUAUCAAGAUCCUAUAUGGUCAUCUUUUUCUUUGGUUUUGGGUACUUAGGAAAAAGCCUAUAAAGUAAUCAUGUGGCUCAACAGAGAAACCACUUGUUUCUGGUCACAGGCUACAUAGUGGGAGUUAGAGUUAUAGCCUGGGAACGUUUCUGGUCUAGCCACUUGUUUCUGACUGAGAAACCUGAACUCCAAUUGGGAGGCAUAGAUGGAACAGAUAAUGUCAGAAAAUAUGGGGUUUUUUUUUAUUUCUUUUAAUUGAGAAAUGAAACAUCGUUAGCUAUGAAAUGUUCUCAGCACAUUAGUAUGAAUGCAUUGGUUGCAUAAGCCUCUGUUUUUUCUUGAGAAUGCAGUUCAUGGCGAGAUGUGAAGAGCAUCGGAAGAACUCUUUGGCAGGUUUUCUUGCUAUGCAUAAGGAAGUGUUUAUGAACCAGUCUCAGCCAAUCAAAACCGUUGUAAACUCCUCCAUAGGCUGUCUAGGGGGAGCUGUCUUUGGUUAUACACUAGCCACUUUGUUGCCCCAAAUCACAACGCAUUCCCACACUCUUGUUGGUGUGCCAUGGGUUCAAGCUCAAGCUUUUGCUGGUGUUGCCGGUGUGUAUUGUGCAAUAUCAGGCCUAAUUGAAGGGAUUAGGGGCAAAGAGAGUCUUCUCUCUGCCAUGGUACCAGCAGCAGGAUCUGGUGCGGCUUAUUCUUUUCUAAGUCGAGAUUGGCAAGGACGACCUAUCAACCUUCUCUAUACCGCCAUUGGGUUUACUGUAUAUCAAGGAUUAUUGUAUUGUUUGUCAGAUGUAAUCAUAUCAAACCCCAAGUACAGACAAACAAGAAGUCUACUUAAUAAGCUUGAGUUGGAGAAAUACGAAAAAGAGUUUAAAAAGGCUAAUCUGACCGAUUCUACAUUGAUGUUGCUCACUAAUGGGUAUCUUUCAAAGCUUUUAGUUUUUCUUUAUGUAGCUAUUAGACUAAUCCAGUUUGCAUAAGGAAGCCAGCAUUCCACCAGGGGCACGGCUUUUAAAUCUACAACAUAUGCAGAGUUCCAAAGAUCCCGUUUAUAGACAAAUGAAAACCAUGCUGGUCUCACUAGGUUUCUUGGUCCUCUGUACUCUAGAUCGAGGACUUUGAAUCCUUCAAAAACAUCGAGAUGGAAUCCAAAGGAGUUACAGGUCAUGAAGAGCACACAUACUUUGGUUCCAUCAAGAAGGUGAAAGUCGGAAUCUUGAAAAAAAAAAAAAGAAUACAACAUUCCAAUGACACUAGAGCUGGUUUAAAAUAAGUUAAUUAAAACUAUUAUAGUCAUUUUCACUAUUAAAUUAAAUAUUCCGUCUAGUUGAUUUUGUAGCUUUCUCGAUGUGAAUUGAAUAAAAUACUUUAUUCUGCAAAGAACAAUAUAGCUGAACC